CUACGGGUUAAAGGGACGGGGGUGGAGCGUGCGCCUGGGAGGAUUCUGGAGCCGCUGCUAGUAGCUGCGGUGUGCGCGUUGGAGAGAGGGACACCGGGCUGUCAGGUCCAGGAUCCACAAGAACCUCUCCUGAAGGAGGAGGAAGUGACUGUGGUUUGAGAGGCUUCCUGUGGGAAGAGCUUUGUGUCUCGGCAGAGAAGGCUGGAGCACGAGGAUGAUGGAUCGGUAUAAGAUCCCACGCACCAAAGAGCUGGAGUUUGGAGGGCCCCUGGGAGCCAUGAUCCUCAUCUUUCUCAUGCCAGCUACCGUCUUCUAUCUUCUGCUGACAUGUCGCACUGAGAAAGCCAGCGUGCUGAACUUCCCGCCCCCGCUGCCACCCCUGAGCACCCUCUGGAGCCCCCACACCUUCCUGCUGCUCCUGGCUUGGGUGGGACUCCAGGCUGCCCUCUACAUGCUGCCUAUGGGGAAGGUCACAGAAGGGAUCAUCCUUCGAGACAAGAGCCGGCUCCAGUAUCGCAUUAAUGCUUUCCAUGCGAUGGGGGUCACGGCUCUGGUGGUGGGGGCUGGACUGGCAGCCGGGUUGCGCCUCAGCUACAUCUAUGACCACUUCCUGCAGUUGGCUUUCUCGGCCUUGCUGCUGGCCUUCGGCCUCAGCUUCCUCCUCUACUUCAAGUCCCUCUUUGCCCCAGAGACAACACUGGCACCAGGCGGGAACUCAGGGAAUCCUAUCUAUGACUUCUUCAUGGGCCACGAGCUGAACCCACGCAUCGGCUCCUUCGACCUGAAGUAUUUCUGCGAGCUGCGGCCAGGCCUCCUCGGCUGGGCACUGGUGAACAUGGCCAUGCUGAUGAAAGAGACUGAGCUGCGGGGCAGCCCCUCGCUGGCCAUGCUCCUGGUCAAUGCCUUCCAGCUGCUGUAUGUGGUGGAUGCACUUUGGAAUGAGGAGGCCAUCCUCACCACCAUGGACAUCGUACAUGAUGGGUUUGGCUUCAUGUUGGUCUUUGGGGACCUGGCCUGGGUGCCCUUCACCUACAGCCUGCAGGCCUACUUCCUUGUCAACCACCCCCAGAAGCUAAGCCUGUCCAUGGCUGUUGGGAUCCUCUUGCUCAAUGGUUUGGGCUACUGCAUCUUCCGCAGUGCCAAUUCCCAGAAGAACACUUUCCGAAGGAACCCCAAUGAUCCCAGAGUAACUGGUCUCAAAACCAUCCCCACAGCCACGGGCCGGCGUCUCCUGGUGUCUGGGUGGUGGGGGUUUGUGCGCCACCCCAACUAUCUGGGGGAUAUCAUCAUGGCUCUGGCCUGGUCGCUGCCCUGUGGCCUGACACAUGUCCUGCCCUACUUCUACGUCUUCUAUUUCACCGUGCUGCUGAUUCACCGGGAGGCUCGGGACGAGCACCAGUGCCUGCGGAAAUAUGGGCUCGCCUGGCAGGAGUACUGCCGGCGAGUUCCCUACAGGAUCUUCCCUUACCUUUACUGAGAUGUGGCCCAGCACACCAUGCCCCAUGCAGACCCAGGCACAACAGCUCACAUCUGCCCACCACUGCUCCAAAGGCUGGCAGGACACUAGCCUCUGUCCUCACCACUGGGGCACGUUG